GGGGGAGGUGGGACGGGGACCCAACCCGAGUCCCUCCCACCCCUGGCUACGGAGUCGCAGCCUGGUGGUUAUCUUUUCUUUCACAUAAGCUCCCAUCGAGGUAAUAUUUUCUCCCAAUGUACUUCCCGAUUAAAAAGGUAAGUCCUCUUAAUUCCCUGGCUUCAGGGUACCAAGAUUGCCAUCCAUUCCAUACUAAAGUUUGGCAAGCAGCCAAACUUCAUCGACUCUAAAACUCGAAUUUCAAGCUUAAGCAAUGCCUUGUGGAAGUUCUUACUUUUUGUCUAUUAACUGUUAGCUACUCAAACUUCAUCCUUUGAACUGUUAGAUCGCUUGCAUUUGACUGUUAUAAAUUGCCCCUACAAUCUUAAUGCCUCUCUUCAUGAAACGAUAAUGAGAUCUCUUCAUGCCCUCUUCAAAUCAAGAACCUCUCCCGCCAAAACCACCUCAAGCAAAUCCACUUCUUUAACCAAGGCAUCUUCUCAAAAUCAAAUAGAAACCCACAUCAUACCUCUCAUUCAUUCCUCCAAAACCGCUCUCCAACUUCACCAAAUUCACACCCAAAUCCUCCUCCACAACCUUUCAUCCAGCAGCCACAUAACUGCCCAAUUAAUCUCUUCCUCAUCUUUACGCAAAUCCAUUGCUUACUCUCUCUCAAUCUUUAACAGCUACCAUCCCAAGAACUUAUAUCUCUUCAACGCCUUGAUUCGUGGGCUCACGGAUAAUUACCGUUACUUGGAUUCUAUUGAUCAUUUUAUUCUCUUGUUGAGGUCUGAUAUCAAACCUGAUCACCUUACGUUCUCGUUUGUGUUAAAGUCUAUUGCGAGUUUGAGUUUGAAAGGGCUUGCUAGAGCUCUUCAUGGGAUGAUUUUGAGAUGUGGGCUCGAGUUUGAUUCGUUUGUUAGAAUAUCUAUGGUUGAUGUUUAUGUAAAACUUGAGGAAGUGAAAUUGGCUCUUAAGGUGUUCGAUGAAAGUCCUCAGAGAUUUCAUGAAGGGAGUACAUUGUUGUGGAAUGUCUUGAUUAAUGGCUGUUGUAAGGUUGGGGAUAUGAGAAAGGCUUUGGAGUUAUUCGAGGAUAUGCCAUUAAGGAAUACUGCAUCUUGGAAUAGUUUGAUUAAUGGGUUUUUUAAGAUAGGGGAUUUGGAGCAAGCGAUUGAGCAUUUUGAUCGAAUGCCUGUGAAGGAUGUGGUGUCUUGGACUACAAUGGUUAAUGGGUUUUCACAGAAUGGUGAUCAUGAAAAGGCGUUGUCUGUUUUUUCUAGGAUGUUGGAUGAGGAUGUGAAGCCGAAUGAUUUCACCAUUGUCUCGGCUCUUUCUGCUUGCGCAAAGAUUGGUGCCCUUGAAGCUGGACUGCGAAUACACAAGUAUCUGAAAGACAAUGGUUUCCGGUUAAACAGAGCAGUCGGGAAUGCAUUGGUUGAUAUGCAUGCAAAAUGUGGGAAUAUCAAUUCUGCAAGUCAGGUUUUCAAAGAGGCGAAAGAGAAAGAUAUAAUUACAUGGAGUGUUAUGAUAUGGGGUUGGGCAAUCCAUGGGCAUUUUGAGGAAGCAAUUCAGUGCUUCAAACAGAUGAUGUACGCAGGUAUACAACCAGAUGAGGUUGUCUUUCUUGCUGCAUUAACUGCAUGCACACAUGCUGGCAAAAUCGAUCUUGGACUUAAUCUCUUCAACAGCAUGAGGCUUGAUUACUCCAUCGAGCCCACCAUGAAACAUUAUGCAUUGGUAGUUGAUCUGCUAGGCAGGGCAGGUCGGCUAAAUCAGGCUCUCAGGUUCAUUCAAAGCAUGCCACUAACUCCAGAUUUUGUAGUAUGGGGAGCACUUUUUUGUGCUUGUAGGGCUCACAAGAAUAUCAAAUUGGCAGAGUUAGCAUCACAGAAGCUCCUGGAGCUUGAACCUAAGCAUCCUGGGAGUUAUGUCUUCCUAUCAAAUGCUUAUGCUGCAGUAGGUCGAUGGGAGGAUGUAGAGAGAGUGAGAGUUCUGAUGCAGAAUAGAGGCAUCGAGAAAGAUCCAGGGUGGAGCUAUAUAGAGGCAGAGGGCCAAGUGCAUAGUUUUGUAGCUGGUGAUCAAGUUCAUAAGGAUGCAAAAGAUAUAUACUUGAAAUUAGAAGAAAUAGUGGCAGUUGCAAAAGAACAAGGGUACACGCCAGGAACUGAGUGGGUACUCCAUAAUAUCGAGGAAGAAGAGAAAGAAGAUGCAUUAGGAAGUCACAGUGAGAAGUUGGCACUUGCAUAUGGGCUUAUCCGUACUUCUCCCCAUAUAACUAUAAGAAUUGUGAAAAAUCUUAGAGUUUGUGGGGAUUGCCAUUCUCUGAUGAAAUAUGCUAGCAAGAUGAGUGGAAGGGAGAUUGUACUGAGAGAUAUAAAGCGAUUCCAUCAUUUCAAGGAUGGUGUUUGCUCAUGCAGAGAUUACUGGUAAUGCAGUAUGUGAUGCUGACCUUGUUGCGCAAUUCCAUCUUUUAUAUGGAGAAGAACCAUCUUACCCCAUCAUA